AUGUUUGCAUGUUUGAAAGUGAAGAGGCAAGAAGGUAAAAAUCAGACACUUUUCACAAAAAAUGGAGGGGUUUUAUUAGAGGAGCUGGUUGCCUUCUCUAAUGGGAGAUCUAAUCCUAUCCGUCAUUUCUCUGCAAAAGAGCUUUUAAGAGCAACAAACUACUAUGAUACGCACCAGAUUUUAGUGGAAGACGGUGGUUAUGAAUUGUACAAAGGUUCUCUAAAGGACCGUCCAGUUAUCGUGAAGAAGUAUGACAAAGACAAUUCACUUUUGAAAUUUGCAGCCAUGCCUUACAAUGAUAUUGUCAUUGGGUCACAAAUGAGUGUUCACAUGAAUGUUUUAAAGGUUUUAGGAUGCUGCUUGGAGACCGAAAACCCAACUAUAGUAUAUGAAUUUGCUGGUACAAAACGCCUCUCCACAUGUAUCUCUGCUACUAAUAAUGUUGAGCCACUAACAUGGAAAUGCAGGUUGAAAAUUGCAAUAGAUUUAGCUAAUGCAAUUGCGUAUCUCCACACUGCAUUUUCUAGACCAGUUAUUCGUCGCGAUAUUAAAUCUUCAAAUAUCAUAUUGGAUCAGAACAAUGUUCCCAAAAUGACUGAUUUCGGACUAUCUAUAUCUAUUCCAGAAGGCCAAACACAUGUCAUGGAUGCCGUUUUAGGUAGAACAGGGUAUAGUGCACCGGAAUAUUGUGCUAGAGGUUAUUUAACAGAGAAGGUUGAUGUUUAUCAAUUAGGAAUGCUUCUAUUUGAGCUUUUAAGUGGACAGACUCCAUCAUUUUACUUAUUUACAGAGCGUAAUAUACUGGAUAGUGCGAAUCACUCUGUUGAAAAGCUCAGCAAUGUCGUCGAUCCAAGAAUAAAAAAUGAAGGAAUCGAGACAGAGCAGUUGCUGGAUUUUGUAACACUUCUCCUCGGAUGCAUCUCUGAUGAUGGAGAAGAAAGGCCAACAAUGAUCGAGGUGGCCAAAGAACUCAGGCGAAUUGAUCAGUCUUUUCCAUUACCUUGUUAGCCUAGCCCCAUCCGAUUUUAUUUUUUCUCGGUAGCUGAACUGGUUCUCUAAGCCAUUGAUUUAUGAUGAAAUUUAGCCUGCCUGUAUGGUUCUGUAGUUAUAACAAAUGGGACAAUGUCAAUUAAGUCAAACAAAUGUACGGUUAUGAUUUUAGCAUUUUAUUAUGAAAAUUCAUUAGUUUACCAACUUUAAAUCUGUUUGAAUAGAGAUAACAAUUUCAGCUGAAGCAGCUCCAGAAACCUGUUAUGGUAAUAAAAUUUCCUUUGUUGGAAUUCUCAUCUGAUUGAAAGUAGGAUGCAGCAAGGUUCCAAUUGUAUGUUGAAUUUUGAACUUGCAUUUAUUAACGGAUUUCUAGGAAAGAUUUUUCCAUUUUGAUGAUCUUUAUACAAAUGUGUCAAUGCAGGAAACAUGUUAAUUAUUUAACCAUUUGCUUUGAGCUUGCAGAAAAUAACUCCUUAUCCUUUCUAGCAUCUUGAUUUUGUAGUUCUUUUGGCACGUUUUCAUCAGUGCUGCUGUUCAAUGGCAAAAUAAACCAUCAGCCUAGUAAACAAUCAAGUACUAGGCCAUCUCAGAAAUUACUUUGGUAUGAAAGUUAAUUCUGAUUUUACAUCAGUUUUUGAAUCUAUAAAUAAUUGGACUAAAA